CUGGAUGCUGAAGAUUGCCUCGCUUCUGCUCGUCGCUCUGUCGGCGUCUGCCCUGCCGGCAGAAACCGUCGACGACAUCGACCCAGCCGCUCGCGGCCUCGCCUUUGCGCCAAAGCCCUCUCCUCCCGUGCCCGACGUGGUCGACGACCCCGCCUGGCUGAUCGCCGCCUCCGGCUUCUGCUCGAACCUCAACGUCGUGAUGAAGGAGCGCGACGUGGCGGCGAGCGAGACGGAGGACGAUACCGCAGCCCACUUCAUGGCCGACAUCUCCUUCAACUUCUACCCGCAGACGGCGGUCAAGUUCACCGACUUUCCUCACCAUCUCGCAAAGACCAUUGCGGGCGACGCGGCAGAGGCGGACGCGCUGGUCUCGAGCGCGUGGGACCACAAGAACAUCGCGCUGCUCGAGCCGACGUCCACGUGCGGCGCUGACGAACACGACCAGGCUUGGGGCAUCUCGGUCUUCAAGGUGGAGGAGCACCGCCACUGCACGGACGGCGAGACUACAUGGGAGGGCCACCCCUGCGUCCACUACUCCGGCUACGUGUCGGCGGCUACGUCCAACUUUGUCAACGUGAACGAUGGGCGCUUUGUCUGCCAAAUGUUUGUCGACUCGUAUGUCGACUCGUAUGAUGAUUGCAUCGAUUAUUGCCAAGUUUACAUCCUCCCCGAUGUCUACGAAAUGUGUGUGGAAGCAUGCCGGGCCCUUCACCUUUCCUAGCAAGCCUCUACUGCAUCGUUGUCCGUCGUCUGCUGCUGUACAAUUUUGGCCUCUUCUCCGUCGCAAGGCCAAGGGCCCCGCCCCCAGGGAGGCGGGGCCCGCGCAGGGGUCAUCUAGUCCCACAUUUAUGAUGCGAUUCGACCUGCUUUUGAUCGGUCGAAAGCAGGGGUCGAAUCGAGAGAGAGACGCGAGAGCCAGGGGCGGCUCGCCUGCAGAGCCUCUCUCUCCUGCGCCAUUCUGCUUGUCUGUUUUGUGGCCUCUUCUCUCGUCUGUCGGUGUUUUGUCCCACCCUGAGCAUUGUGCUCUUCCCGCCCUGGGGUUGUGCUGUCUUCCUCCUCCUCCGCCGUGUGCGGGGGAGUCGAUCAGGCAGUUCACUUUGGGGGCUACGGGUAUCCCCCCUGGCUAUACUUUGAGAUUAGGCAUC